CACAGCCUGGAUUUCGAGGGGAAGAGCGAGAAAGUUGACUCUACCUGGGGGUAACUUGACGUGACUUGACAACAUUCGGCGAGGACUGAAUUCGAUGUCAAAAUGAGACGAAAAGAGAAGAGGUUGCUGCAGUUUGCUGGUUUACUUAUAGCAGCACUUCUCUUCUUGCCCAAUGUGGGUCUGUGGUCCUUGUAUCGAGACCGAAUGUUUGAAAACUCGCCCGAAAUCGUGGAGGGACCAGGAGGCAGCUCUCAACAAUUGCAGCAGCAGGUGGUGAUGAGAGUUGACAGCCCUCGGAGGAAAGACUGGCACGACUUUGAGGCCAUCAGGAGAGACGCAGCGCGCACAGGUAAUGGAGAGCAGGGUAAACCAUUCCCACUGACCGAUGCGGAUCGAGUGGAUGCGGCGUACCGGGAGAACGGCUUUAACAUUUACGUCAGCGACCGAAUAUCACUCAACAGAUCCGUGCCCGAUAUCAGGCAUCCAAACUGUCAGAAUAAGAUGUAUAGUGAUAAGCUGCCCAACACCAGUGUGGUCAUCCCGUUCCACAACGAGGGCUGGUCGUCACUACUGCGGACGGUGCACAGCAUCCUGAACCGCUCCCCUCCGCAGCUCAUCGCUGAGAUCAUACUGGUCGACGACUUCAGUGAUAAAGACCACCUGAAGUCUUCCCUGGAGGACUACAUGUCACGGCUGCCCAAAGUCCGCAUCCUGCGCACCAAGAAGAGGGAGGGGCUCAUCCGGACGCGGUUGCUGGGGGCGGCGGCUGCCAAAGGCGAGGUCAUCACCUUCCUUGACUCUCACUGUGAGGCCAACGUCAACUGGCUGCCGCCACUGCUUGACCGCAUUGCCAAGAACCGCAAGACCAUCGUGUGUCCGAUGAUCGACGUGAUCGACCACGACAACUUCGGCUACGAGACACAGGCGGGGGAUGCCAUGCGGGGAGCGUUUGACUGGGAGAUGUACUACAAGCGCAUCCCCAUCCCUGCUCAGCUCCAGAAGACGGACCCCAGCGAGCCCUUCGAGUCCCCUGUCAUGGCUGGAGGUCUGUUUGCGGUGGACAGGAAGUGGUUUUGGGAGCUGGGAGGAUAUGACACAGGCCUGGAGAUCUGGGGAGGGGAACAGUACGAAAUCUCAUUUAAGGUGUGGAUGUGUGGGGGCCGCAUGGAAGACAUCCCCUGCUCCAGAGUGGGCCACAUUUACAGGAAGUACGUGCCAUAUAAGGUGCCGGGAGGCGUCAGUCUUGCCAAGAAUCUGAAGCGAGUGGCAGAGGUGUGGAUGGAUGAGUAUGCAGAGUACAUCUACCAGCGGCGGCCGGAGUACCGGCACCUGUCCGCGGGCGACACGGCCGCCCAGAAGGAGCUGCGCGCCCGGCUACACUGCAACAACUUCCGGUGGUUCAUGACCACAGUAGCCUGGGACCUGGCCCUGCACUACCCGCCAGUGGAGCCCCCUGCUGGAGCCUGGGGGAAGAUACAGAAUGUGGGCACUGGCUUGUGCAUCGAGACAAAGAACUUUGGCUCAGGCUCUCCUGUGUAUCUGGAAGCGUGCCGGCAGAGCUCUGGAGACACGGGCUGGACGCACGGACAGGUCUUCACGUUUGGCUGGAGGGAGGACAUUAGGGUGGGCGAGCCUCUGCACACCAAGAAGGUGUGUUUUGAUGCCAUCUCCCACAAUAGCCCCGUCACACUCUACGACUGCCACGGCAUGAGGGGCAACCAACUGUGGAGAUACAGGAAGGAUAAGAGCCUGUACCACCCAGUCAGCAACAGCUGCAUGGAGGGCAGCGCGGCGGACAAGCGAGUCUUCAUGAGCACCUGCAACCCCAACUCUCCAGGCCAGCGCUGGGACUUCGAGAGGACCAACUCCACCGUACUGGAGCGCUUCAACCUCCACCAGGACUGAUCUGACCAGCAGCCACUGUCCAGCCAGCGGAGACUGCCCCGGGCCCAGCCCCUAGACUGAGACUGCGACUGCCUCAAGAGCCCGAGGUGGGUAGGGACUUAUCGUUGCAGGCAGUUGGGAGAGAGCUAUGCCAUCAUGACAAGUGAGGACGACCCAAUGAGAUGUAUGGGGACGGGGCAAAAGGACUAAGCUCUAUAUCUUUUUUCCUGAUGUGUUGGUCUAAUAUCGCACCACAGGAGAUAAUCCAAAAGGGCACAAAAUCUGUCAACGCUUUGUCUGUGUAACAAGUUUUUUUUUUUUUUUUUUUAAUGUGUGUGGUGGGUGGUUGGGGAGAGCUUAGCAAGUGACAACACUGCCGUGCCGGCCUGCUGUGUGCAGUUAAACAGUUUGGAACGCCAACCAUUGGUAUCACAGCUUCGUCAGUGGUGUGGACGGUACUAGACUGCACAUUUCAUGCCAUGGUCUGGUUUGCCAGGUUUGCUAACCGCCUCGCAAUCCAUUCUCAUUGGCCGUGGGCUUGACUCUGGGGUUGGUUCUGAACCACUGAUUGGAUCCUGCUGGUCCUCAAGUGUUUGGAUGUGUGGCCGUAUCUAUACUUGGUCAUGAAGAAGCAGACCCCCUUUUCACUGUGUGAAAUUCCCCGCCACGCCACCCCCACCCAAACCAUAUGAUCUGCCAUUUUUUUAGUCGUUGUUGUGCAGUAUUGUCUGUCCUGCUAUCGUGUCAGUACGGAUGGAGCUUACCAAGAGUUGAUGCUUCUGUACAGUGUAUAUUCUUCUGUUCUGACAAACAUGCAUUACCCCAAUCCUUUUUCUUAUUUAUGUGUCCGCUGCAGCAUUGUAGCAAGCGCCAACAUGAAAGCACAUGAAUGUUUGUCUGCCGUUGUCUUUUGGCAUUCUUGGACAAUGCUGCAAAGGCUGUGCCAGAGAGAGUAGAGAGAGAGAGGUUCCAUUGGCCCAUUGUUUCCUGGUUCUAUUAUGGCCGCCCUUAGGCAGACCUAGGCAGACCUAAGGACUGUUCUAUUCAUUGUAGGAGCAUUAUGACACGGCCCUUUAGGCAGACCGGAACCUGGUCAUGUUAGGUGCCCAUAGAAACCUAUUAUGUUGGCAUAUCUCUAUACUUAAAGAAUCUCUGGCUGUGCGUCCUUUCUUCCUUUGUUCUGUUCAAAGUCUGCCCUUCCUUCCACGGUUUGUUUUUUUGUUCUCCACGUGUAACUCCCUAUCCCCCCCAACACACACACACACACACACACACACACACACACACACACACACACACACACACACACACACACACACACACACACACACACACACACACACACACAGAGUGAGCAUGGUAGACACAGAAACGGGUUUGGACAAAUUUCUAGAUUGCAGAGCUGGGCCAUGUCAGUUGCAGCUCUUUCAGCUCAUGGGUACUCUAAUUGUGUCUAUAUUCUGUUUAUGUGAUACUGCCCAAGGGCUUGACAAAUGAUCCACAUCUAUCACAUUUAUCUUUGCCAUGGUAGCGCAUUACUAGAAGAAAUGGACAGAUUAAAAAACAACUCAAAGUGGUGAAGUUUAACCGAAGAGGUUGAUUAAAGCUAUAGUGCCUUACAGAAAUUACACACAAUCUCUCGGCGUUAGUUAUAAACCGUUUCAUUCAUACGUUUGCUAUCUGUCUUUUGUGAGGUGAAGACUGCUGCAGAGGUGCUGUUAGCUGUUGCAUAGAGAUGUUGGCAAUAGCAAAAUCCGCUUAAAAGCCCCGCCUGAUUAAUUAAUUGGCUGCAAUCAAGGUUUUGUAGUAUAUCUGCCCCUGUCGCACUUGUGUUUGAACAGCAAGUCCGGCAGAUGUAGGCAAGUUCCUCUCCCAAACCCCGAAUGUCUCGUUAUUAUUGUUUAAACUUUGUCAUUUGAGAAGACAAAAUAUUUUUUUCCCAAUCCUGCAUAUUUCUAUGACCUCCAACAACUAUAGACAAUGAUAAUAAUUAUUAUUGAUUGUGUCUCUCUUUACUCUUCUGUAUUAAAUUUGUGCUAUGGCACAGUGUGAGCAGCAAGAUCCUAAUCAAUUAUUGAUGAAAUUACUGUGGCAAAGCACUUUAUACUACCCAAGGCGAAAUGUCCUUGAAGCAAGCACAGAUUGCUACCGUAAUUGCAAUCAGAAUUUAAAUCCUUCUCUAAAUUUAAGCCCCAUGGUUUUGGAAUACACAAAGCAUAUUUUUAUGACCUAAAAUAUUGGUUUUGUAUUCUGAUGAAUUAUAAUCUCUUUUUCUAAGAAAUUGUUGACUAUUUUUUUUAAUCCAUUGUGACAACAUAGGAGGUGAGACAUUGGCAAUUGGAAAUGAAUACAUACUGUGAAUAGAGAUCCUUUCACAAGCCGUCUAAGGUCCAGUUUGUAAUUUAUUUAGUAGUUUAUUUCCAGAAUUUGUGCUGCCUGUUCACAAAUGACAUUUUAAUGAAUAUGUACUAUCACAAUCAAUUUCUGGUCAGCCUAUUGUAUUCAUUAUGGCUUGGAGAUGUACAGUUUUCAAUCAUGAAUGAAUAGAACCUCUCCAGGUACACGUAAAUCUGCCAUUUUGAAUCUUUGGCUGCUAAAUUUACUCUAAUCCGACCACUUUGUGCAUAGUCAUGAAAAAGAUUAAAUGUUUGAAAGGGCAGCAUAAAUGUUUUGUUUUUCUCAACAAUAUGUCUUAUUACUCAAUUGCUCUCAUGUUUUGCUCUCUUGUCAUUUUUACUUUGAUAUCAAUGUACAGCAAUUCACUGUAUGGCUAUUAUUAUGUUAUGCAUUUGUAUUGCCUAUAUCUUCAAGAGUGCCUGACAACGAUACUGUAUGAUCAGUUUCCUACCAUCAUCUGUGUUUUUUGUAGUCCUAACAAUACAUAAUGGAUACUUCUAUUCAGUGGCAAACAUAAUGUGUAGGGUAUUUACAGGCAAAAAUGCAGUAUUGCACAUGUUGUGUAAAGAUACAUUUUAUUUAACUAUUUUACACCCUACAUGCACAAUGGUUGCCCCCUUGAAGAUGCAUCAUUUUCAUAGCUACAUACAAGUCUGCUAAAUACUGUACUGUUAGACUUUUUCCUUGUUUGUUCUUUGAAUGAGAUUAUGUCUCAGUUCUUCUAAACAACUAAAGUUACCAGUAUGUAUUCAGGGGGUUAUAACAAGAACAUGACAAGAGCAAGUGAUAAACCUGGCUAAGUUAACUUACAGGUAAUGGUAAACCAACUAAUUGGCAUCCCACGGGUGUCAUUUCAUUUACAAAAAUUAAAGGGAUCAAGGCUCUUUUAUGAGGUGAUUAAACACUACCUCAAGGUUAACUUAAUCUGGCUUGCCAAUGAAUCACCUUACGCCCCAGGCCUCCAAUCACCACGAAUUACCACUCCUCCAUUUGAGAUGAAUGAUUCUCUCUAGCUCUCUUUCAGUCAUUCAGUAUGCAACCUUUAAUCACACUCCUCCUUUACAGCUCCUUCCAUGGAGCCACUGUAGACAAAAGCACAUGACAAAUAUUGGUGGUAUAACGGAAGUGUUCCCACACGGUUCGUCCUCCUCGGGACCGUGAACCUGCCACCUCGUCAGACAUCGGUUUGGAAAUGGGAGGCACAGUACUAGCGCGCUGAGCUAAAAGGCCUGUCCGAUAGCCCAAAGCUACCGCACUGUAUUGAGGCUUCGGGAGGGAGGUUUACUAACGUUCCACGCCACACUCUGCUAGUUGGCCUCAGUUACACUGCAAGGGCCAGAAUUUUUAUUUUAUGAGCAAAACAAACCUGAACUGACAAGGCCAUGCUUAUAAUUCAAAAUGCCCCCAACAUUUAAAGAAGCAUCAUAACUGCCACGUUCGGUGUCAACAACUGGUUUGUGAUAUCACUCUGAAAUGCUGUAUAUGUUUUUAGAGCCCAAAUGGAUGAAUGAAGUUGUGACACUUUAUAAUUUAUAUGUAUUGAUUACUCUGAGGUUAAAAAAUAAAAAUUCAUAGCAAAGUCACAAGUCUUCUUCUCAAAACGGUUAAUCUAGACGGUUAAUCUAGAUAACGAGGAUGGAUGAAGGGCUUGUGGACCCCCACCCUAAUGUAAAAGCUUUUUUACAUAAAGAUCAUAUUUAUGUUUUGUGAGUUGUUAAUAUGUUAUUUUCAUCCAUCUCUACGGGAGUCCAUGCCACAUUUUGAUGGCAGUGCUGUGUUUCUGUGUGUUUGAUGAACAAUUACCAACAGAUUGACGAGACAGAAAGAUGCUGGAAUUAAUGACUCAUGGAAAUGCAUAGGUUUACGGUUACGCGUUUGCGCGUUAUGACAUGGGAAUUUUCAAACAGGGUUAUGUGCUUUUUGGUAAUUGUUUGCAAUGAAGGAAUUCUCUUUUGUACAUUGUCUUGCUGCUCUCACUUCAACAAAGUGGAGUAAGACCUGCUGCGGUUUCAUACAUUUAAAUUGCACAUGUUAAGUAUUUUGGAAUUUUAAAUGAUGUUCCAAGUGUAUGUAUGUUGGCUUAAUCGUCAAGUUGUCACGUAAUGAGUAAAGAAAACCAGCUUUUUCUAAUCUGAAAAAAUAUUCAUUUUCAUGGGCAUUUUUGACCACUUAAAAAAAAAAAAAACAUUGUACUGACUGCACAAAACAACCCAUAUGAUGUUUUUGUUUGAAAAAUAUUUUUGUAAGGA